CCUUUAAGCUUUACAAAGUUGAACACGUAUUUGUUUAUUAGUGACACACGUCCUCCCGUCCGUCUGCAGGCAGCUUCUUUAAUCAGUAUAAGGCUUAAAACCAAAGAAAGUCUCCCUGCGUUGCUUCAUUUGAUCUCCGCGCUCAUCGCCGGUUGGGUUAAAGCGUUAUAAUGGAGCCGGCCUGCCGUAAGGACAAACCAAAGCUAAACUCGACCCCGACCAGAGGAGACCGAGCCAAGCAGAAGUCUGCACAACAGGAGCUCAAACAGCGACAGAGAGCAGAGAUAUAUGCUUUGAACAAGGUGAUGACAGAGUUGGAGCAGCAGCAGUUUGAGGCCUUUUGCAAACAGAUGCAGUCCCAAGGAGAGUAAUGGCAGCUUUACUUCCUCCUCCUACGUGAGGCGUGUUGUUCCACCCAACCGGCACAAUCUUUGGACUUGAACUGUUACGGACAUAAACUGGCUGCUGGGACACUAAUGAUGCUUUUCUUCAGGUGCUGAUUCUGUAUUUCUGAUAUUUUAUUGCUCCAUUCCUUCCAUAUUUCCUUCCCAGUUCAUAGGGAAACCGGUUUGUAUUUAUUGCCGAGCCAUUAUUUAUUUAGUUUUUCUUUUUCCUUGGGUCAUUCUGGGGAAUUCUUAUGAUAAAUACAUUUUCUUUAAUCGACUCUUAGCAGAAUGCCUUUGACUCAGUCAGGUUGGAUAAAACAAGCAUCAAUCAAAGCAAUGUUUAAGUCUUGCCAUAGAUUCUUAACCUAAAAAAGGUCCAGACUUUGACUAGGCCCUUUGAAGACUUGAAUAAACAUAUUCUUAUUGUUUCACAGUUGAAA